AUGCCUCCUUUGGUUACAGUUUCAGCUGCACUCCGUUCCACCAAUACUCGGUCAAAGAGGGGAAGGAACCUUCUAAAGGCCUGUCCUGCCAUGAUUCUGAUGGUCUCAGCUUGCACCUUACUCCCGCUACACCGCGGCAAAGAGAGACCCGCAAAGCUGGCCCUCAAGACGCAUGAACGUGGCCACAAGCCGGCUAGUGCUCUAGCGCGCGCCCGGCCACCCCACCUGGAGGGCCUCUGCACAGGGGCCCCCGCACUCUUCGUCAUUCCCUGGGUGAUCGUCAGAUACCUGCACGAAAACACGCAGUGCUGGGAACGGAACGAUAUCAAAGCCAUCUGGUGGAUCAUCCGCACCCCUAUCCUCGUGACCAUCUUGAUUAAUUUCCUCAUCUUUAUCCGAAUCCUUGGCAUCCUCGUGUCCAAGCUGAGAACGCGGCAAAUGCGCUGCCCAGACUACCGACUGAGGCUGGCACGCUCCACUCUGACGCUGGUGCCCCUGCUGGGCGUCCACGAGGUGGUGUUUGCGCCCGUGACGGAGGAACAGGCCCGGGGCACCCUGCGCUUCACCAAGCUCGCCUUUGAGAUCUUCCUCAGCUCCUUCCAGGGUUUCCUGGUCAGCGUCCUCUACUGCUUCAUCAACAAGGAGGUGCAGUCGGAGAUCCGCCGGGGCUGGCACCGCUGCCGCCUGCGCCGCGGCCUCCAGGAGCGCCGCCACCCGCCGGAGCGCGCCCCGCGGACGCUGCCCAAGGACCCCGGACGACGCGAGGCCCCCGCCGGCCGCGCCCUGUCCUCGGGGACCCUCCCACUGCCGGGGGAUGAGGCUAGCAGGGUCUUGGAGAGUUACUGCUAG